CAAACAAAACAAAACAAAUCUUUAUCAUCCCUUUUCCUUCAAGAUAAAGCUCCAAAUUUCAGACUAAUUAAAUUCUUUCUCAUCCCCUACAAUAAUCAAUAUUUAAUGAUUCAUACAACUUCUGUUGCCUUCCAAGCAUCAAUCUUUGAGUUAAGAUACAGGGUUUUAAUUCCUCCUCACCAAGAGCUUCACCAACCUUUUGAUAUAUAUAAACAAGAUGGAAGAGUUAGUUGAUGAAUUCGGCAACAUAUCAUCCUAAGAUGAGUUUUUCGAUAAUCAUUCUUGUGCUUUUCGGAUUUCUUGUGCUAGUUUCAACACCCACGAAAGCUGCUAUUAAGAAGUACCAAUUCGAUGUCGCGGUGAGCAAUGUGAGCAGGCUUUGCCAUGCCAAGCCUAUUGUGGUUGUCAACGGAAGGUUUCCCGGUCCGACCAUCUAUGCUCGUGAAGGGGAUCGUAUCAUUGUUAACGUUACAAACCACGCACAAUAUAACAUGACCAUCCAUUGGCACGGAGUGAAACAAUUGAGGAACGGGUGGGCCGAUGGACCAGCCUACAUAACACAGUGCCCUAUCCAAACUGGGAGUACCUAUGCCUACGACUUCAACGUGACAGGGCAGCGAGGGACACUCUGGUGGCACGCACACAUCCUGUGGUUGCGUGCCACAGUGCACGGUGCCAUCGUCAUCAUGCCGCCAGCAGGGGUCCCUUACCCCUUCCCUCAGCCUGAUCAAGAAGCUGAAUUGAUCCUCGGAGAAUGGUGGAAUGCCGACGUGGAAGUGAUCGAGAGGCAAGGCAAUGGCCUUGGCUUGCCGCCGAAUACUUCCGACGCUCAUACCAUCAACGGCAAGCCUGGUCCUCUCUUCCCCUGCCCAGAGAAGCAUACGUAUGUGCUGGAAGUGGAUCACAGCAAAACGUACCUGCUUCGGAUCAUCAACGCAGCGCUCAACGACGACCUCUUCUUUGCCAUCGCCGGGCACAACAUGAUGGUCGUAGAGAUCGAUGCCACCUACGUGAAGCCGUUUUCCACGGCAACCGUUGUCGUGGCACCGGGGCAGACCACCAAUGUCCUGGUCCGGGCGGACCAGCCCCCUGGGCACUACUUCAUUGCGGCCCGGUUUUUCAUGGACGUGCCGCUCCCUGUCGACAACAAGACCGCCAUUGCUGUCUUUCAGUACAAGGGCACCGCCGCCGCUGCUGGCACGAUCCCGGCCAUGCCUCGCUUGCCGGCGCCCAAUGACACAACGUUCGUCGCUGAUUUCCAAGACAAGCUCAGGAGCCUAAAGCCAGUGAAUGUGCCGGUGAGUGUCGACCGACGAUUGUUCUACACAAUUGGGAUGGGCGUCAACCCCUGCCCAACCUGUGCGAACAAAACCCGCCUCGUCGGCUCGCUCAACAACAUUACGUUCGUGAUGCCGGAGGUCGCUUUGCUCCAGGCACACUACAACCGCGUCAGGGGUGUGUACCGGCUGGACUUCCCCGACAGGCCGACAAAGGCAUUCAAUUACACUGGCGCGCCACUAACGGCAAACCUCGGCACGUCGCAGGGGACGAGGCUAGGCCGGCUCGCAUUCAAUUCAACCGUCGAGCUGGUCCUACAAGACACCAACCUGCUGAUGGUGGAAUCACACCCAUUCCACCUCCACGGCUACAACUUCUUCGUUGUCGGACGGGGGAUCGGUAAUUUCGACCCAGCCAAUGACCCGGCGCAGUUCAACUUGAUUGACCCACCGGAGCGGAACACGGUGGCCGUGCCAACAGGAGGCUGGACGGCAAUCCGGUUCAGAGCCAACAAUCCAGGGGUUUGGUUCGUGCACUGCCACCUGGAAGUCCACACGACCUGGGGGCUCAAGAUGGCCUUUCUCGUGGAGGACGGCGAUGGGCCAGACGAGUCCGUCUUGCCUCCUCCGACGGACCUUCCACCUUGCUAGGGUUUAGGAUGGGUCAGGUGUGGUGGAUUCAAAGGUCUAACCGUCUGCAAAGAAUCACAAAUCCUUUUCUGAAAAUAGAAACAAUAAUUAACUGAAUCUCAUAUUUACUGGUAGUGAGAGAAGUAUCUCCCAAUCUUUACCCACGAGUAAUUAGCUGUGGGCUCCACCGCAAGACCCAUCGCUCUCCACCACAAGUUACUAGGUAUAAAGAUAAAGAACGCGGAGACAGGCCGACACAACAUGUGCAUGGGUCGGUGCUUAUCCCUAUCACCGUUAGAUUCGGUUGCGUUUCCAACGAACCGGCGAGCUAGAUUUACCUUACACGUGGCGGUUGGAGAUUGCAGGCAUAGGGUCGGCUACGCGAAACAUCUGGGCCCCACAGAACAACAAGCCGCCCAUUGGCUGGACGCUGGACCGACCUAAACUGCCAUUGGAG